AGUGUGAAUAUAACGAGUUCUUCAAAAUUUGAAUAUUAACAAGUGUUUUCCUUUCUUACAGGUACAGCUGAAACCUGUCUCGGAAUAAAAAAAAACUAGACCAAGCGACAACUGCUGGAUUCUUUUUGCAUUUGAAGAUAAAAAUACCUCACCAGUGAAUGUCAGAUACAAUCUUGGAUGGAUAAACUUAUACCCACGCAUAUCUUGUUAGUGUAUAUGUGAUACAUAGAACAUUUCUAUGCAGUCAUUCAUAGCUGUAUACGAUUUUCGGAUUUAUUGACCUGCAUACUUUCAGUGAUUGGAUAAUUGAUAUUUCAUUAUUCUUAUUUCCGAGAGAAAGGAAUAUUGAAUGAAAGUGCAAGAAAAUUGGAUUAUACAAAACUUAUACUUCUUCUUGUCAAAAGGCGAAGACAAAUUAGAUGACUGUGAAUCAAAGGAUAUAGUUUUAUGAGACUGGAUUACACAAAGGCGUUUUUUAUUGAAGAGGCCAAGACAAUUUAAAUGAAAGUGAAAGAAGGGACAUAAUUUGGUUGAGACUGGACAAUAUCAAGGAACUUGUUGUCCAAAGAAAGGAAGUGCUUGGUGUGAGGUGGGAAUUCAAUACGACGCAAAAUUCCGUCCAUCAUGGCGGAUAUCAUACAUAAAAUAUUCGGUAAACAACACAGUCACCAUGGCAGCAAACACACAGAUUCCGCCAAGAAAGAAGAAAAGGAAAAGGAGACAGGGGGAGCUGAAGGGUACACAAAACAACAAAUGGAAUUUUUCAAAGAGUUUCUUGCCAAGGCAAAAGAAGAGUUCACACAGAAAUGGGAUCAUCCUGGACAGAACACAGCAGGCCUGGAUGAUUUUGACAGAAUAAAGACACUGGGUACUGGCUCUUUUGGAAGAGUGAUGUUAGUGCAACACAAAGCAAAUAAAGAAUACUAUGCUAUGAAAAUAUUAGACAAACAGAAGGUGGUCAAGUUAAAACAAGUAGAACAUACUCUGAAUGAGAAAAGAAUAUUGCAGGCCAUCACAUUUCCAUUUCUUGUUAGUUUAGAAUAUCACUUUAAGGAUAACUCAAAUUUAUACAUGGUGUUAGAAUUUGUCACAGGCGGAGAAAUGUUCUCACAUCUAAGGCGAAUAGGCCGAUUUAGUGAACCACAUUCCCGAUUUUAUGCAGCACAAAUUGUGUUGGCUUUUGAGUAUCUCCAUUACUUAGAUCUCAUUUACCGAGAUCUAAAGCCUGAGAACCUUCUCAUAGACUCACAGGGGUACCUCAAAGUUACAGAUUUUGGUUUUGCAAAGCGGGUAAAAGGCCGCACCUGGACCCUCUGUGGAACCCCUGAGUACCUCGCACCUGAGAUCAUUCUUAGCAAGGGCUACAACAAGGCUGUAGAUUGGUGGGCUCUUGGAGUGUUGGUGUAUGAAAUGGCAGCAGGUUACCCACCCUUCUUUGCUGAUCAGCCUAUACAAAUAUAUGAGAAAAUUGUUUCUGGAAAGGUUCGCUUCCCAUCCCACUUUAGUUCAGAUCUGAAAGAUUUGUUACGUAGUUUGCUUCAAGUUGAUCUCACCAAGAGGUUUGGAAACUUGAAAAAUGGCGUCAAUGAUAUAAAAAAUCACAAAUGGUUCUCAACAACUGACUGGAUUGCAAUUUACCAGAAGAAGGUUGAAGCACCAUUCAUCCCAAAAUGCAAAGGACCCGGCGACACGAGUAACUUCGAUGAUUAUGAGGAAGAGCCUCUGAGAAUCUCAUCGUCAGAGAAAUGUUCGAAAGAAUUUGCUGACUUUUAAACAAAAUGUAGUAUUGCCGAUCAGUGUUAACUUUUUUUUACACUGGCUUUGAAAGCAACAUGUUGAGGAAUCGCUGCUUUACAGACAGACUGCCAACUGGUUAGAUAGGGAAAUGUCACUCACAAAAAAUGAAUUACAAGAACUGUUGGUUUUUAAUUUCAAAAAAUGAAAAUCCCAUCUGGAACAGUCAUAGAAAUGUAAUUUUAGAGAAAUGACUGCAGUUUUAUAUAGCUGGUGAAAAGGCUAGUGAAAUGACAAGACUGGUAGGAAGAAAUUGCAAAUUCAGGGGAGAUACGGCAGAUAUAUAUGUAUGUAUAUAUAAGAGGAUUUAAAUCAUUUGAAAGUCCUCGUGCAAUAAAGUGCGUCUCUGAGAGUACUGCUGGAAUGUGUCAUUUAUUAUUCUCUGUUGCAUUGUUUUGCUCUUUUUAUCUGGAAUACAGUAUACUUCCUUUUUUUAAUUAGUAAUUUUUUUUUUUUGCUUCAAAAUAAACGCCACAUUUUGUUAUUUUGUUAUUUCAUAAAUCAGCUAAAUCAGAUACAAGUGGGAUUGAGAGAUUCUUAUACUACCUCUGUUUUAUAAUGUUUCAGCUGAAAAAUAACUAUAUCAAUAUAUGAUGAAUCUUUUCGUUCUUUUAAAGAUAUAUAAAAUUAUGGACUUCAAGAGCUUGUUUUGUAAAAAACAUAUCUUGUAGCCAACAUUAAGCUUGCAGAAUUAAAGCCAAAAAAAAGUGUUUAUACAUGUAUGUUAUGUACAUAAAGCUGGCCAGUUCUUAAAACUUCUCUAUACUGGAUGUUUUCUUUCCAAUGUUUAUGAAUACCUGUUUCAGUCUUAUAAACACAAUCUUCAUUAUAAACUCACAGCCUGUGAUAAACAUCUGGCAAUUUGAUUAAGCAGGAGAAAAAACACAGAGUGCGAAAAUAUAGAAAAAAAUGCAGUGUUGGGGUUUAAUAGUCAAUUUUUAUUUAUCUGUAUGAAAAUGCCUUUGUGUUGUUUUUUUCUUUAUGCGUUAAGUGUUCUUCAUAACAUUGUGUUAUCUAAAUAUCUCUCCAGCAGUAGGUAAAUAUUGUUUAUUUGACUGGAACUGGUGUUUAUACCUUCACACCUUCUAUACAUGGAAAACAAUCCCAUAGAAACAUGCUUAUAGUACUUCCAUUAUGAAAUGUACAAACUUUAUUAUGUAUAUUUUGUGUGUUGAAAGUGAAUCAAAUUUUUGUAUUGCUGUAGCCAUUUUCAUAUUUGAUGGACUUGCAGCAGUGUUUAUAAGUUGUUUCAGAUUGAAAUGUGUUUGAGAUAAUGUUUGAGAUAUGUGUAAAAUAUAAUAUAACUUUAUGAUAGUCAAGUACAUAUGUAGAUAUAAUUCGGAUUUUUCAUUUUGAGUAUGAGAAAUGUAUAUUGUUCAAGAUGUGUAGAUAGUUUAAAUUUAUGCAUAAAUGAUGUUGUUUUGUUUACUGUUUAUCUAGUUUGGUGUGGAGCAUAAUAUUGAACAUUAUCUUGGCAAGGAAGGGAGUGGGUAGAGGAUGGAAAAAAGUGUUGUUCUUGGAUAGAGAAAGGAGUGGGUGGUGGAUGGAGAAUUAACUCCUUGUUGAGAACUGCUUAAUAUACAUAAGAAUUCCAUCAGAAGUAAUACACACCUCAUGUUUAAACAGGGGGCUGUGAAAAGUUCAUUGAAGAUUGAUUAUUUAUCUUAUAACCAAAAAUAUAAUGUUAUUUAAUAUAAAGUAGGGGAUGUUUAUUAAAUGACGAAAAGAUAUCUGAGAGAACUAUCAAUUAUUUUCAAACUUACAGUUUUUUGUGAUGCACAUUAAACCUACAAACUUGACAAGUCAUUAAAUUUCUUACAGUCCUGCAGUUUUAAAAGUGGCAUGUCAAGGCCAAAGGCAUUUAUAGCAAGAAAUGUAGCAUCAUGACUGGUAUAAUUAAUGCAGUCAGAAGUGAGUGUUUGUAGAAUGAUCAUGUUUAUGGAGGCAGAGAAGAGCAUAAAUAUAUUCACUUACCUUUAGUUAUUCAUUGUGACUAACUUGUUCUAGCUCUUUCUAGUCUUAUUUGUAUGUUUGGGAAAGAGCAUUAUGCCGGUAGUUCUUAGAAUUUCAACUUUUUUCUACAAUGUGAUGUGACUGUAUUUUUAUUCUUAAUGUGUUUUUUUUUUUUUCAUAUAUAUCCUAUCGUUGAUUAAUUAAUUGUUAAAGUGCUUUUAAAUAAGGUCAUUCGUUACCUUACACUUGUAAUAUUCAACUCAGUGACAUGUUUAAGAACUUCUAUUAAAAUGUAAUGUUAUUUUAAAAAGUAUGAACGUAAAGCUUUAAACUAGAACAUAAUGUAACCUCGGCAUGGAAUUUCUGUAACAGUAUGUGGUAGGAAAUGCAGAUACAUCAGUGUUGUGCCGAGGUCACAUUGUGCUAGGCUUUUAUUCCUACUUGAAAGCAACCAUCCAAGUAUUAUAUUAACAAGAGAGAAAGAAAGAUUCAUUAGUCUCAUCAAAGUAGUGUUAACAUUUUCAUGCAUUGUAAAUUAUGUUUUGAAAUUGGAGAGUUCAGCAGAAUGUGUGUAUUUAUAGAUAACUCGGUAAUGAUUUAAUGGUGUACCUAGAAAUUCACUCACCAGAUCAGACUUGAAAAAAAAAAGAGUAUACUUUCUGAACGGCUAUGAUUUCGUGUUAAAUAUGUUGAAGUUUUGAUCUUCUCUUAGUCUAGUAUUAAUAUAUAUAGUAACUAGAUUUUUGCAGUAUGUACACAACUUGAUUUGGCUGGCAUUAGCUUCAGAUUUUACAACAGUCUGUAUCAUUUCUUUUGGCUGUUUUCUUAUGAAAGUCCCCAAUAUAAAGGUCAAUAUAUCAUGGUUUCUUUCUUGACAUGUUUGAGAUUUGUAUGAUGUAGAAUCACAUAAGAAUUAUAAGUGUUUCGUUUAUGUCUUCAGGGAAAUUAAACAACACUAUCAGAAUUGUUCUGAGUGAUUUGAAUUGCCUUAAAUUUAAAAAAAAAAAUUAACAUUAAAGAUACAUGCAUGUGUUCUAUGAAAAAGUUGAUGUUGGCUAAAUCGAGUGUGUAUAUAGAUUAGUACUCUAGUACCAGUGGUUGAUUACUAAAUCUGUUUGUUAAAUGCUCUUAAGCUGUAUCCACUUUUGUCUCUUAUCAUGCUCUCAGUUUUCAAUGUAUUGAUAAAUAAUUUAAAUGUUCAUUGAGCUAUAUUUCCAGUCAAAUUUGUGAUCAUGAAGAGAAAUAAAGUUUUCCAUGAUCAGAUAAA